UCUAAUCAUCAGAAAUGAUACCGAGCUUUCCGUCUUCCUUUCUCUCCCAAGUCCACUGGUCACUUAUCAGCUGCUGUCUUCCAUGCGGUGAAGGGAAACACAGGAAGAGCGUUAAAAAUAAUGGAAUCAGAAAUAUUGAAGUUUAUUUGCGCCAGUGAAGGAGCAGUUAACACCGUCGAUUUGGUGUCUAAUCUAGAUUCCGCGACCGUGUCGGAGAUCAUUUGUAACCGAGAGAAAUUCGUUGUGUGUUGUCCGAAGGGGCAGCCCAAGGUAGUGGCCUGGACCAAACUGAGACUGUGCAGAGCUAAAGACUGUCAGGGAACAUGCAGGGGUCUACACCUGUGUAAAAACUUCCUCUUCAGCGGAUCUUGUCACUUCACUCGGUUGAGGAGAGGAUGCAACUUCUCCCAUGAGCUGAACUCUGACCACAAUGAAAGGGUACUGAGAGAACAUGAACUGGAGAGUCUGAGCAGGGCAGAGCUGUGCACUCUGCUGCUGCAGAGCGACAACACACUACUGCCUCCUAUAUGUUAUGAUUACAACAAUGGUGAUGGUGUGUUUGGCCGGUGUACGGAAGGAGAUGGUUGCAAGAGACUGCACAUCUGCGAGAGGUACCUGAACGGUGAUUGCAGCUGUCCCAGGACUCAUCAUUUUAAUGCUCCACAGCCAUUGAAAAGCCUGCAGGAUAAAGGCGUGCCUGACAGUCUCUUUCGCUCCUUGAAAUCUAUUUACACAAAUAAAGAGGCUUUAAGGCUCAACAGGGGUGAUAGAGGCAACAAGGGCAGCCGUCAACCACCACAUCUAAGCUCUUCUACCAGUGGUGUCUUUGCUGCUGCCAAUUUUACUGAUGCAAGCAGUAGCGAUGGUCUGAAUUUUACACAAACACCAUUGUACAGAGGGAGAGGUGGUUGCAACAGGGGAAACAGGGGAAACAGGGGCAACAGGGGCAACAGGGGCAACAGGGGAAACAGGGGCAACAGGGGAAACCUGGGCAACCUUCAACCAAGUCAGCGAACCUGUUCCACUAGUGACAUCCUUGUUGACAUUGAGGGCUUAGAUCUGUACACCGAAGACGGACUAAGCCAAGACAACAGUCAAAAUCAAGACCUAAACUCUUCCACCAGUGACAUCUCUGCUGCUGCCAAUGACACUGAUGCGAGCAGCGAUGAUGGGCAGAACAGAAAACAAAGGCAGAAGCUGAAUAAAACCUCAGCAGCCAUCAGAGGAAGAGGUGGUAGCCGGGGCAACAGGGGCAACAGGAGCAACCCUCAACAGCUCCACAAGACCCGUUCCACUAGUGACUUAACUUAUUUUGCAUACGACAAAAACACAGACAACGAAAAUGGACCGAACAAAAGACAAAGGCCCGUUAGAGAUAAAACUGAGAUAUGCAUGUACUUCAUCAAAGGACACUGUAAACACGAAGAUAAGUGUUAUAAAGCUCAUGACAAGAUGCCGUACAGGUGGGAGGUCAAAGAGGGUGAUCAGUGGACCCCCCUCCCUGAGAAUGAGGCGAUUGAGAAGGACUACUGUGACCCCAAAAACACAUACAGCGGCAGUACCCCACCUGUGCAUUUUGAUACAAUGACCUGUGGACAGAACAAAGUACGGCGACUCUCUACCACUAACUCUCUGCUCGAGCCAACCUUCAUCCACACCACCGAAUGGCUUUGGUACUGGGAGGAUGAGUUUGGAAAGUGGAACAUGUAUGCUUCAGCUAGUGGUGGACACAAAACAGCAGACAUGGACAGCACUAAACUGGAGCAGAAGUUUCUGGAGAAUGACAAAGAUGUGGUGGAGUUCACAGCUGGUUCACAGUCGUACUCACUCAGUUUCCAGGACAUGAUACAAACAAACAAGCAUUAUGGCACUAAAAGACUUGUGAAAAGACGGCCACAGUUUGUCUCUGCAGCGGAUGUCCUGGCAAAGAGAGUGAGAAGGCCUCUGGGUCAACCAAAUUUUUGCACUAUACCAGACCACUGGGAUAAGACACAGAUUCCUGCUACAGGAUACAAGCGUGUCUCCCUCCAGCGCUCUUCAGAUGAAUUUAAGGAGAUCGAAGCUCUUUUCUAUAAAACCAUGAGAGGCUUUGACAUUAUCAAAAUCGAGAGGAUUCAGAACAAAGCUCUCUGGGAAGUCUUUCAGUGGCAGAAGAAUCAGAUGAAGACCAACAAUUUUGGGUGCAAUGUGACAGAAAAAAAGCUUUUCCACGGCACCGACUCUAAACACGUAGACGCCAUCUGCCUCACCAACUUUGACUGGAGAAUCUGUGGAACUCAUGGAACCGCUUUUGGCAAAGGUAGUUACUUUGCCCGGGAUGCCAAAUACUCCCACAGCUACACUGGUGAUUCUGAUAUCAGAUCCAUGUUUGUCUCACGGGUGCUGGUGGGAAACUUCACGAGAGGGUCCUCCAGCUACUGCCGUCCUCCUUCCAAGGACGGUGGGGAUGUAAACUUCUAUGACAGCUGCGUAGAUGAUGUUAUAAACCCAACUAUUUUUGUUGUAUUUGAGAAGCAUCAGAUCUACCCUGAGUACCUGCUGCAGUACAAGACUUUGAACCCGUUCGGUGAUUAUGUCAGUGCUACAACAGUACCUGCACCGAGACCAGCUACCACACCCAGCAGAGUAACUGCCCAACCUAUCACAUCAGUUCAUCAACGCACCACAGUCUCACACCAACCCAGCCUAUCAGCUUAUCAAAGCAGCACAGCUUCAUACCGACCCAGCACAUCAGUCCAACCCAGUACGUCCUCAUACCUGUCUAGCACACCCGUUAAAUCCAGUGUACCCUCAUACCAACCCAGCACAUCAGUUAAACCAAGUAUGUCUUCAUACCAACCCAGCACACCAGUUACACGCAGCACAUCCUCAUACCAAUCCAGUGCAGGCACUCACUGGAACCAUUAUUCUCCACCCUCCUCACCAACCCCAAAACAAACAAAACAAUCUGAUUCCUGUGUCAUUGCUUAGGUGCUUUGAAUAAUUGGGUGAAUAGAUUAAAUAUAGCAAUAUGCAUUUAAGUGUAUUAAAAGUGUUUAUUUAUGUGGAAGACCAAACAACACAAAAAUUAUUGAUCAUACAGAUAAGAAGUUUAGAGGAAAAAACUCUUAAAUAUUUUUCCUGAAAAUCAGCUAAAUAAACUGUCUUUCCACUGCUGUUAUGGAAAUAUCAGAAGGUGGUUCAUUGAGGAAAACUGCUGGUGGCACUAAUUCUUCAAUUAGGUGCCAUUAAACUAUUGCAAAAGAAGAAGACACAAUCAGAUGGUGUAGUUCAAAAAGCACCAGUGAAACUUCACGCUUAAAGGAAAACCACUUUGAAAACAUGUUGUCACACUUCUGUUUGUUAUGGAUUUGAUUUGAAGAGGGUUAGACUCUCCUCAUGGCUCCACACAGUUCUGAUGUUUUCAUCUGCCACUGUUUUUUGUUGCCUGGAUGUUUUAGUCACAGGCUUUGUGUACAUCAUGAUUUAUCCACAUCUCUUUCAAUUGCACUAUUUUCUUUUUAUCAUUACAACUUUUCCAUCUCAGUCAUGUGUAAAAAUGUUUUUGCAUUUCCACACACAUACAUGUGUUACAUAUUGAUUUAAAACAGUGUCAGUGUCAUAAAAACUGGCAGUUGAUGAAAUGUAUCACCAAGAUGAGUGGAAUUUUAUACAUCAGAAUCCCACUGAAAUACUCAAGUUAAAUCAGAUUAAGUGAUUAUUGCGUGAAGCAAUGCUGCUGUUUAGUGCCCCAACCAGUAGGGGUGACAAAAUCCCUUUUGGACAUUCAAAAACAAGCGGUCAAAUUAAUGGCUUCAUUGAUUGACUUUUGUUUCACUUACUGUCUAGGGUGUACAGAUACAGAUUAUUUAAAUCACCACUUACAGAUUUUGUGUUGAGAGUUUCGGGUUUGUCGUUUUGCCUGACAUUAUGAUUCCACUACAACUGAAAAUCAUGCCUUUGUCCAGAUUGUUAUACUGUUCACACUAUUGAUUUUGUGCAUUGAAAAUAAAUGUAAUAUUCAUGUUAACUGCAGAGUUUUAUUUUCAGGUUUACUUUACAUGACAGCGUUGUGUACUGUUAGCUAUAGCUGGAUUUCUUUCUCUCUGACUUUCUCUGUCUGACUCAUAAGUGAAUUGAAAAUGCCACCAGCGGUUGUGUUGGGCCUCUUAGUGAAAUGAGGCAAGUCAUGAAAAAUGAUCAAUAUGGCUGCCAGUGCUUCCUGUGACAUUAGACAUUAAGCCUGCAAAUCACCCCCCUCCCCUCAACACACACACAAACACACAUACGUACACUAGCAACCACCUCCUGUUGUGUUUCCUGAGGAGCUGCAGUGUGAAUGUGAAUAUGUUUGCAUGUUAAGAUGGGAUUUCACUGUAUUUAUGCACCUUGAUUUCUUCCACUGGUGAUGACUAGACUCUGUCAUUUAUACCAUUGUAUAUUAUGCAUUAAUUUGUUCUAAACCUGCAGCAUUUCUCUAUUCCAUGUUAAACUGCUGUUUUUUACUAUGUAUGGGCACAGUUAAAAGAUCAUCACACCUCAGUCCAGACAUUUAAAUAAUCCUAAUGUAAAAAAUCACUGAAAGAAACUGGUUUGCCUUGAACCAAUUAAAUUUUGAGAGUGCUGGUCUUUUUUUUUUUUUUUAAUUAACAGUGGAUCAAACUCUAAAUGUACUCUGGCAGGUGUAGUGACAAACCAACAGAAAAUUAUCACAUCCUGUUCUCAAUUUAUAGAAUCCUCUGUCAUUUCAAAGUAAAGUGGUGUUUUAAUUUAGAUUUUUGAACAAUUUGCACUACAUUUAAUGUGAGAGGAUUCACAGGCACAGUUCGAUACCAGUCUAUUUUCCUUAGGAUCCUCUGAUGUAUUGUAAGGGCCCUAAUCGAGAACUUAUACUCCCCUCUGGUUCAAAACACAUAGAUGUUUUUCUGUGCUGACAAGACAAACAGCUUUGACUGUACAGCAGAUUACGAAGAGACUAUUCCCAGGGUGAAAAUGGAUUUGUCUGUCACUACGACUGCAUCCAUUUCUCCACCACUCGUGCUUCAUUAUGCGUUUGCUGCCCAUUAAGAUGGAGCUGUCCUAUGGUAAAUGCAGCUGUGCCCUGCAGGAUGCAAUAGCCCACCCAGAGACAGUAAAUAUCCACUGACAUUAACCAGACUAAGUAGCCACUUCCUGUCUGAUGUGUGCCAGUGGCGGCUGCUGCGUCUUGCCCUGGCUGUCAUUUCCUGGUAGACAGAGCAGAUCCUCUAGAGCUGGCUGUGAGGAGCUUCCAGGCCCCAGCAUAUCGGAAAAUCUGGUUUUCCUGCAUCGCAAGAGCUUAUGAAUUAAAAAUGACUCCUUCCCUUUUGUUUGUGUGCAUCCCUCCUGGUGUUUGAGGUGUUUAUGUUUCUGCUGAGUCAUGGUGGUCUAGUUCCAGCUGAUGGAAGAAUGCUAUGGUGGCAAAACCCCAGAGUGAGUGGAAGUGACUCAGAUCUUUAUUUGGCUCAUAGCAGGAGAAGUUUUUGUUGAGUUUCUGAAAUAUUUGUGGUGAAUUAAAUAACAGCUGUGGUCAGCAGAUCUACUGUAUGUGCAGCCUCAAUGGAUCAAUAAAGCACCUGUUGAUCAGCUGGUUAUUAAAGAUGUGUGCUAAAUCUA